CCCCGCACCCCAGCUCCCUUCACCUAAAUGCCAAUGACGACUGGGGUGGUCCAAGAUCCGGCCGCCGCGGUUGCCACCAAAGGACCUGAAAUGCCUCCCCCCAAAUGCUAGUGCCCUAGGCGACCACCUAGGUCACCUAAUGGGUUGCACUGGCCCUGGGUGCAGAGUGAAAUGGGAAAUGUGUGGCUCUAGCCUUUACUUGAGCUUUGGAAAUUAUCAGUAUGCUCUUUAUCUGAUUUGUAUCUUGCAAAUGUGCAGUGUGAUAGUAAAUAGCUUAGCUUGUAAGUGAGCUGUAGUUUGCAAGUGCUGGAGACAAUGAGUAUAAAGUGAAUUAUCUUUCCUAUCUAAAUUGGAGUGGCCUGAUUGCAUGGACCUGCAGGGGCCAGAAAAAAAAUGUUUAUAGAAGCAAUAGUAGCUUAGGGAAGCUUUUACUACAAUUGAGACAUACAUCUGUGAUGACAGGUUUCAGAGUAGCAGCCGUGUUAGUCUGUAUCCCCAAAAAGAACAGGAGUACUUGUGGCACCUUAGAGACUAACAAAUUUAUUUGAGCAUAAGCUUUUGUGGGCUACUGCCCACUUCAUCGGAUGCAUAGAAUGGAACAUAUAGUAAGGAGAUAUACAUACAUACAGGACAUGAACAUGGUCCAUGAUUUCAUGUUCUGUGGGUCUCAUUUAUUGCUCACUUCGUUGAUUUUAGAUCUAGGGGAAAUGGGUGUCAGAUAUAUGGCUCUUGCUUCUGGGUAGCACUGAAUCUUUAGAAAAAGAAUAAUGCUGAUUUUCAAAAGCACAACAGGCAGGAUCUAGGAAAGAAAAAAGGAAGCACUUGCAUGCAGCUGGAUUGAUUCUGCUGCCAGCAAACCCCAAACAUUCCCCCAGGGAAAGCAGGAGGAUCUUGUUUCCAUGACAUUUUCUCUUACCUUUGCUUCUGUUCCCAAGUGCAAAUUCCUAAAGCUGAUGAAUUGAAAGGGGACAAAAGAGACCUAACAUCAAAACUAUGACAGGGGGAUAUCAGAUAUGUAUUUUGUAGCAUGUAUCCAUUUAUUAGGGAACAGUCCACGUGACGUGACUCCUUUUGUAAUUGUGUUGACCUCACUCAUCAAUCACAUCAUUCCAUCAUCAUCUCACUUUGUGUUUAGAUCUGAUUCCUCAUCUCUCAGCCAUAAAAUGAGCGCAGAUAUAUACAAGCUUCUCUUCUUCAUCAGCGAGGAACUGGACUCGGAAACCCUGAUGGCUCUGAAGUUUCUGAGUCUGGAGCACAUCCCACUGAAGAAUCAGGAAGACAUUCAGGAUCCCAAGGAUUUCUUCCAAAAGCUUCAGAACUUGAGACUGAUAGAGGAAGAUGAUCUGUCCUUCUUAAAGGAGCUACUGUUUAGAGUAAACCGCAUAGACCUCCUGACUGGUAAACUGAGCUCCAGCAGAGAUGAAAUGGAGAGGGAACUUCAAAUCCCAAACAAGGCAAAAGUUUCACCAUAUAGGCAACUACUUUACAGAAUCUCUGAAGAAAUAACUAGUGAAGAAGUUGCCAGUGUAAGAUUCCUGCUGCAAAAGGAGCUACCGAAGAAGAAGCUUCAGGACAAUGCUACAAUAUUGAAGCUCUUUAUAGAAAUGGAAAAAGCUGGGAUAAUGAAUGAAACCAAACUGAAGGUGCUGAAGAGUAUUUUACGGGACGUUAGACCUGACCUGGCGCAAAAAAUUAAUACCUAUGAAGUAGAAACACGAGCCCCAGAUGAACUGAUCACGAGCUUGGAACCUCCUUUUCAGAGACUGACAUUUAGUGAAGGUCAUAUUCACCAGGAAGUUCCCUGCCCUAAAACAUGUGCAUUUGUGGGCCCAGGUGAAUCGGGAGCAAAGGAAGCAGUGUCAGUGCCAAAGCUCGAGAACCCAUACACGAUGGAGAAUAAUCCUCAUGGCUAUUGUGUGAUACUGAACAACUCUGAUUUUAAAAAUCCUGAUGAAAUCAGGAAAGGCACAGACAAAGAUGCUGAGGCUCUGAAACGGGUUUUUGAGUGGCUUCAGUUUGAGACAAUUGAGCACCGAAACCUAGAAGCAGAGGAAAUCUGUAAGACAAUCAAAAAGUAUAGCAACAUGGACCAUAGCAACAUGGACUGUUUCAUUUGCUGCUUACUCUCACAUGGUGAAAAAGGUAAAAUACGUGGGACAGAUUGGAAUUCUGCAGCCAUCAAAGAUCUGGUCUCCUGCUUCACUGGAUCUGAGUGCCCCUCGCUCGCUGGCAAACCCAAGCUCUUCUUUAUUCAAGCUUGCCAAGGUAAGACAGGGCAGAAAAGUAUCCCAGUGAAAGAAGAUUCUUCUCGACAGCUGGAGGCAGAUGCUUUACCCUUGCCUUCCAUUCCUGACUGGGCUGAUAUCCUCAUUAGUAUGGCUACAGUGGAAGACUUUGAGUGCUACAGAUACAUAGAGAGAGGCAGCGCGUUCAUUCAGUGCCUCUGCAAGGAAAUAGAGUCUUUCUGCCCACAGUGCAUGGAUCUGCUGACCAUCCUGACACAAGUCAACCAAAAAAUGGGAGACAAAGAUUUUAAUGGGAAAAAGCAGAUGCCAGAAAUAAAAUCAACCCUGCGGAAGCGACUGAUCUUCCAGGUGCCAACGCUAGACAAUUAACCAAAGCAAUAAGAAGUCUGGGAUACACUAAAUUAGGAGCUACUUUUUGGGAUGGAUUCAACUUGCAGUUCCAAAAGACAAAUGGACUGGAUUUGUUCAGUUAGGUCCCAGUCCUGCAAGGUUCUGGGGGCCCUCAACUCUCAGAUCUCCAUCUCUGCAGUGGCUCAGCGUCCUGAUUUCCAGAUCUGCAGCUGUCCGAGUCACCAAAUGGCCUGACGAUGUGUGUGACUGACCUGCAUCUGUAUACUUUAGUAGGAGAUGAGAGUGCUCAGCACCUUCUAGCAUUGACCCCUUUGUCAUGAUUUCAAAUGAAGAUGCACUCUGCAAAAUCUUGAUUCCCAAACAAUGAGGAAUUGUACAGUUUCCAUUUGUCAAUGUUAUUCACAGAUGAUAAGGCCAAAAGGGACCAUUCUGAUCAUCAGGGAUCCUAUUUUUCUGUGAUAAGAAAAUCCCCAAAAUUCUCCAGUAAAAAGACACAAAAAUCUGUAUUUUUCCACAAUUAAAAUUAAAAGCUGAAUUUUAGUUUCUCUAGUCACACUAUGUAUAGGUAUCUGUUCAACGCAAUGGUUUAUUGAUAUAUAUACAAUUUUUUAAGCAAGUUCAAAGCCUACCUGUGCCAUUGGGGAGGAGGGGUAGCUCAGUGGUUUCAGUAGUGGCCUACUAAACCCAGGGGUGUGAGUUCAAUCCUUGAGGAGGCCACUUAGGGCAAAAAUCUGCCUGGGGAUUGAUCCUGCCUUGAGCAGGGGGUUGGACUAGAUGACUUCCUGAGGUCCCUUCCAACCCUGACACUCUAUGAUCAAACAAUAAAAUAAAAUUAAUAGAAUUGCAAUUUGUACUUUUUACCAAUAUCAAAUAUUUGUAUGUCUGUAUUAUAUAUUUUCAGAAAAUUGUGGAGGUUUUUUAAUGCAUAAACACUUGAAUGAUAGAGUCACAGUGAAUUGUUUCUUUACUGUUGCUGGUCCUGCAAGUUCAGCCUUUUUUUCAUUUCUUUUUGUUCAGUUUGUUUAACACUUUCCAUGUGCUCUACAGCUGUCUGCCUUUGAAUGUAAUCUAUAGCCUUGCUGCAAUACAGAACAGGACAUUACCAUCAACGUGAAAUUUUUCCUUGCCAAACUCAGUGACACAAUCUUUAGGGAUGGUUUUAAAAGUUUUUGGCCUCUUUUCAUAACUUUAAUUACUCACGUCUGGAGGCUGAAGUGAAAUUUGAGAUGCAUGAAAACGCAAACCCCUAUAUGCUGUUGAGUAACCUCCCUACACUGGAAGCAGUUUAUUGGAGUAUGUUUAGCUAUGUAAAUUUAAAACGCAUUCAAAAAUCAACCACAAGAGGGGGAGAUUGUAUGCAUUGAAUAAGUGACACCACUACUUUCAGUAAAAUUUAGUUAAUAGUUAAUAUAUGUUUUUAUUUUUCCACAAAAUGUAAAAACUGUCUUUUUACAGGAAAUCUCUAAAUUCCAUGUUUUUCCAUGGCAUAUGGAUUUCUAGGAUCCCUGGUGAUCAUCUAGUCUGACCUCCUGUACUGGAGAAGUAGGACUUUCCUGAAUUAAUUCCUGUUUCAACUACAGCAUAACUUCUAGAGAAACAUCCCAUCUUGGUUUAGCAAAAUCCAUCUUUGCUAUCUCAACCCAUGCCUUUCCUGACCCCCUUCACCUCCAGAAAACCUUCUUUGAUUUGCAUUCUGGAUUCACAGAUCUGAUCCUGGGAAGAUUCCACAUGGUUCAGACACAAUUUCCAUUACCUGCAUGGACAGAGAAAAUUGAGCUAUAAAUUACCGAGGGGAUCAGGUCUAUCGCAUGGUUCUCAGGAAAAAAAAAGUCCUUUUAUACAGUGACCAUUUAAUUAAAUCCACAAGCAGGAAACCACCAUUUAAAUCAUGUUUUGCAUUUGUACUUUUUAGUAGUUUACUUAAGGAAAUGUUGAUUUCUCAUUAGCUGGUAACCAAAGCCUGUUGACUUGCAACUAAAUAUAGCCUUUACACAAAA